UUAUGCAUCACUAAAUCCUAACCGUAAAAUCAGGAGAUUAAAAAUAUCGCACGUAGUGCGAAGCGUGGAAACUUUUAGGUUACGUGCGUCGCAUCCAGGAUGGACAUAGUAUCGCAGGUCCUCGAAAAAGCCGCUCAGGAUGAACGCCUGCGGACAACAGAGGUGCAAAAGCACUUGGAGGUGGAAAUAGACGAAGGCUCGCUACUCGCGGUCGACUACAACUCGUUCGACACUGAGAAAAUCAAGACCAACAGGGAGGAUUACUUCAAGCAAUUGACUAGGGACAACGUCCAGUUGUUGAUAAAUCGGAUUUGGGAACUGCCGACAAAGCGUGUGGACGAAGCGGUCGUAGCAACGCUGCCGAAACCUAGAUUCGUACUUCCCAGAACACAUCGACUACCAAAGCCUAAGCCCCUGACAAAGUGGCAACAGUUCGCCAAGGAGAAGGGCAUCAAGAGUAACAGAAAACGAAAGUCAAAAGUUACAUGGGACGAGCAGUUGCAGAAAUGGAUUCCAAACUACGGUUACAAACGAACGCAGGCAGAAUCUGAAAAGAAUUGGCUGGUCGAAGUCAGUGACCAUGCAGAUCCAACUCUCGACCACCUAUCGCUGAAGACAACAGCAAAACAGGAGAAGCGCAGCAAAAAUGAACUCCAGAGACUAAGGAACUUGGCCAAAGCGAAGAAUGUGAAGGUUCCUCGCGUUGGUAUACCGAGCUCUGAUUACUAUCAAGAUACACGUCAAAUAGCGACUGCCGUCACUGUUGCCAGAUCGUCUACGGCGUCAGUCGGUAAAUUCCAAAACAGACUUCCCAAGGAAAAGGAUGCAAAGAACAUCAAAGAAAUGGUGCCGGGAUCAAAGAAAAAUAAACAACCAAUGUUCAAACCUGGAGAGGAGGUGAAACAGAACCUGGGUUUUGUGGAUAAAAUCUUAUCUAAAAGACCAGCGAUCUCGUUUGUUUCAAACCCCUCUGAAUCCCCAAACCGGCAGAGGGACGACGAAUCGCCAAGGCCAAAGAAGAGGAGUAAAAUCAGUAAGAAGGGUGGCAAGAAGCCGAAAGGAGGCAAGGGAAAGCGAGAUAUGCACACCAAAGUGGGUGGAAGAAAACGACGGCAAAAAAAUUGACGGGAUCACAUCCAUUCGCCAAUUUACGCCAAUCCGAUAUUAUAAAAUUUUCCAUCUUUGUAUCGUGUUCGAAAAAGAUUGUAAUAAAAAAGAAAGAAACAUUUUCGAAGAUUCCGGAAUAAA